AAUUGGAAUAACCUAAGAGUAACAUGGGGAAGAAAUCCAUUGAGCAAUACCAGCUUUGUAGCUAUGCCAUUGACAGAGACUGAUGCCAAGAGUCAGGGAUUUCAGAAGAUCUCAGACUGUGGAGAUUCUAGUGAUUUACAUGGCAUUCGGUAUGUUAAAGACAACGAUAUGAAUCUCAUUUUGAUAUAUGAUGUGAAAGGACAUAUUGCUGGAAUUUCUGCUGCAGUUUCAACUAAUCUUGCAAAUGGAUGGCCACACGCCUUUCUGAAGGGACAUCCCUUUAUCAAGUCCGGCAAUCACCAUCAUAUUUCUGCAUAUUUUGUUGAUCCUGCAAUUAUUUGUGCCUCUGGUAGAUCUACAGCCCUUUACCAUCAACAGGGUGUAGGAACGGAUCUAUACAUUCAGAACGGAACAGAUCCGAUUGCUGACUCCAUCAAAAUACCACAUCUUCGGAGUGGAAUAACUUAUACUCACUGGACAAAAGGAAAAUGUUUUCCAACAAUGGGGCUCCAUUACUGGUACAACGUAAGAAAAGAUAUGAGUUGUGAUGAAUUUUAUCCAAUGUUCUUGUUGUAUAAUGACGGUAAAUUAAAUGCUUUUGGUUGGGGUUUCAUCGGAGACUUGAAUUCAUCUAGAUUAGAACAUCCACCACAUGCAGCAAUAUCUGCUUUCAUUUAUCCACCACCAGACUGUUUGUUCAACUCUGGAACAUUAUCUACGAUGCACAUCUAUUUGUCCAACAACCCUGCUUUGAACAGAUGCUAAGAUGGAAUUUACCACUGUGUUUAUUAAAGAUUAAUUUCGCAAAAUAUAUCGUAUAUGGUAUUUCUUCCAAAGCUAUCGGUGACGGGUCUAUGUAUAUUUGAAUUAGACGGACAAAAGUCAGGAGAUUAUAACAUGUAUUUAUAAAUAUUGAAAAAUUUAAAUGGAAACAUACAGUAUAGUUAAAUAAAUUAUGAGAAUUAUAGGUUAUCGAUAUGGCAUUUCAAAAGAGAGGGUGUUUCUCUUACUCUUACUUUGAGUUCGGUUACUCAAAAACCCUUUCCUUAAAAUGUGGACAUAAGCCACUAGAG